GCGGUGUGAAAACGAGCAGAGCAGAACUUGCGGAGCUGCCGCGAACCUCGCCCUAGCCGUCCUCGCCAAUCGCUCCUCGGUACUCUCCCGUGGUUGGCUCUAGUUGGCUGUGAUGAUUCCGAAACUUUAGAGGACGGGGAAGUCCCGGCCGGGCGAAAGCAUGGACUCGCUUCCUUUCUCACUCUCUCCGUCUUUCAUUCAAGGGGGGCUCGUAGAUCUUGGCGUUUCAAGGUUGUGGACGGGGAUAUUACCUAUUCCGUUUCAAUUUUGCCGGGUGCUUCUUUCACAAAUCAGUUCGGAGGAGCAGCAUGGACCAAGGUCUCCUUCUUCAGAACAACGAAGACUUCUGGAACGGUUUCAACGAUGCCGUCGUGCGACGUCGUGACUGGCACGUCCAGAGCUUCGAUCACAUCUGCAUUGAAGACGCCUUCAAGAACGACGUCACGCUUUAUGAAGCCAACGCGCGUCAAAGACGAGACUUUGAGCACAGACGUCACGUUGCCGAACGCAUGAGACAUGAUCCCGAAGCCUGGUCUCACUUCGUCGUAUCCGCAUCUCGAGAGGUUGCCCUUAAUCGUUCGGGACCCGGAACGGACUUCCUGAAGGGCGCCCAUCUGAUGCCCGCGUUUCAAGACUUCAUCGUGCACACACAACACUUUCAGGUCGUACUGCAGUGUAUGCAACAAAAAGGCCACCCUGUCGUCAUUAUGGGUCAGCACGGCUGCGGUGUACACGACAUCGACAAGCUGGAUCCUGCCAUGCUUGUUGGUUACAGUGAACGUUGGGAAGACAUGAAAGACACGUCGCUCUGGAAGGCCUGUCUUUUGUCUCACUACGCCACCAACGUCCACCAUCAACAGAAUCCCAUAUGGCAACAUUUGCCCGACCUAAUGGUAGAAGACGUUACCGGAGCAUCGCCUGCGACGAGUGACGACCCACGUCUGAAGGCAAUGCCUGAACUCCUCUGCGACAAGGUGUCGCGGAAAUUACAGAAAGAACUGGGAGGUCGCGUGUCCAGUACUAUGUGGCAUCUGGAACGGAAGUUCUUCAUAGGAAUGCAGGACUAUUAUUACGCGUACGCCGAACGCUUAGCCAAAGCGCUGGAAAAGUCGUAAUUUAGUGUGAACUAUUGACUAUUUUAGUGAAGGAAUUCGUCACGACUCUUUCAGUGUCGUUGUCAGUGGUUCAGGACUCUUCACGACUUCUUGGUCAUUGGCCGAACACUUUUAUUCAUUGAAAGGUAUCUACAGAAAUCAACUGAAACAUGCCCAGAAGGCGCAUUUUAUGAGGUACAGGUCGGUCGCCGAUGACGAGACCUAACCUAACCUAAGUAUCAAACCUAACACAUCACACGCAGGCUAUUGUGUUGCAAAUGGCAUCCAUAUGAUGACGUAAUCAUGCUUGACGUAAUAAGAGCACAUCAUGACGUAGUCAUGAUGACGUAAUCACGUAAUCAUGACUACGUCAUGAUUAACAGUCACCAACUGCCGAGGUUCCUUAUAUUAUAGAGCCUAUUCUCACUUACAGCGCUUUGCUCCACGAAUAGACCUCUACCUGUUUGUGAACAAACGACGUCAUAGUUUUCGACAGCGUCACCAAUUUGGUAGAGUUGAACUACGCUCGAACUAGGGGCGAACGAGGUCGCGCCCGAAAGCCACGGUGUUGAGGGGAUUACGAUGGUCGCUGACAGGGACGCGACCUUCGGUCCUACUUUUCUUUCAGUAGGAGGCAGCGAACAAGUGCUCAUUCAUGGAAUCCAGCCCUCACCUUCCCAUUUGUUCAUUUGUUUCGGUUUCAGUCUGUCUACCAACGUCAUGAUGACGUGGUCUAUUCUUCACGACUCUUCAGCGGUUGUUCCUUCAACAUACUGCAUCAUACUAACCACACAGAGCAUACACGCCGCAA